AUGGAGCACGUAAAGCUUCUGGGAGAGAUGGGAACUGUCAAUGUAUCUGCCACAGAUGGCAUGCCAGUUGAGCAUGUGGAUGUUCUUAACCAAGGAAGCAAGCCAGCCCCUACCUCCCGAGCAUUUCAACUCCAGUUGGGAGUAGCUGUAUGCCUUGCUUUUGUGUUUUUUCUGGGUUUAUGUUACCGCUUUAUUAGUUCGAGGCGUUCUAAAAUCGUUGGAGAAAGGCGGUUAGCGUCCGGGGGCGGAGAACCGGGAGGGGGAGACGAUAAAGGGGAAGGUGGAGAGGCAUGCCAUCCAGGGUAUUCCGGUCCUACCGAAGAUGACGAAACGGAGCUCCUUCAGACAUCUAUUGUAGUUCAGCAGCCCCCCUCUGAAUUACAACCGGGCGAGUUAGCAGAGGGGUCACGGGGACAUCGAGAAGACCGACAUGAAGCAGCCGCAGCUUCACUGGCGGACACUUCUCAAGCACCUGGCGCAGCAGAACCUAUUGGAGAGCCCCGACCAAAGUCCAAAAAUGAAGUACGCAAAGAACGAGAAAACCUAUUACUUGCAGUUGAGAACAUUUCUACUCUCCUACAAAGCGGACUCGAGGCGUUGAAUGAUGAUUGGGAUCCAUAUAAUAGUCACUGGCAUUUCUGCACGACAGUGUAUGAGGGUUUACAGUACUACUUGCAACGGGCUAGUGAUCUUUUCAAUGAACACAAUAGACGAUAUGGCAUUCAAGAGCGCAUUGGAUGGCUUAAUAGAGUGCAUAGCGCACGGCACGCACGCGAUAUUGCGUGGAAUGUUCUAGCUGCAUAUGCAAGUGAUUUUGGCCUCGUAUCUCCCUCUAUGGAAACCGUAUCAGCUGCUGUGGAUCUCCGCAUCGAGUUGCUGAUACGUGUCAAGGGCUCCAUGCGCUUACUCCAGGGAGUUAUGGAGAGGCACAGGGAAGAACGAUCGGCGGAAACUCUUGCGGAGCUUAAUCGCGUUCUCCAGGAAACUUCAGCUUGUUUACGGGAAGUCUCUCCAUUUUUGUCACGCCAUGCUUCAGCAUCAGUAGAUAUUCUGACUGAAAAGAUUAGAGAUGAUUACAUUUCCUUACGUGAUAUGCGUUUGCAAGCAAUGAAGAUGGUCAGCCAAACUUAA